CGGUUAUUUAAUUUGAAAUUUUAAAUCAGUUGGAGUGAUGAGAACGAGAGCUAGAGCACAACCCGGAGCGCAGAACAAGAGUUUUCAAGACCAAAGCGAUUUAAAGACUCACACAUUUCACCAGACCUGCUUGAAGAGAAAGGGGACAGGAAUGGAGGACAUUGGAGACUUGGACUUGGUGCAGCUGGUUGAUGGCCUGGAUCCUGAGGAGCUCAUUUCACAGCUGGAGGAAAUGUGGGAUGAAGAACCAUUUCCAGAGGUGGAGUUUGAGGAGCCUGACCUGGAAGUGGUCUCACCUCUGAGCCUUCCAUCACCACCUCCGGCAGAAAGAGCAACAUCAGUGCUCCCUUCACCAUCUCCAUCCCUUCCUUCAGCAUCUCCAACCUUGCCAGUGAUGUUGACCCCUGCACUGGCUCCAGCUGCCCAUCUGACAGUGCUACCGUCACCAUCUCCUGCACGGCCUCCCUCCCACCAUCAGCCCUACGCUGCUUUCUCCAGCAACCACUGCUGCGUGAGCCACAAUGCUCAGUGGAGCCCUUGCUUCUACUUUGGCCCCAUGCCCUACUAUUCUGCAGCACACUGGCCGGCGCAGCUCUACAUCCCAAACGUGACCUUGAACCACCACGGCCAUCAGACGACCCUUGUGCAACCUGUGGGAUAUUUUGUGCCAGUAAACCUGCUGCCCCAGUGUCACAACCUCUUUCGCUGACGUCACCGCCACAGCCUGCACCUCCUGCACUUGAACUGCACAGCCAGCUUCCACCACUGGACUCCUGGACCUCACCAGCCACUCGUCUGGGAUCUCCACCACAGCACUAGAAGCAGACUCUUGCUUUUCUGCACAAUUAAAUAUCCAAAUCCGGAUUUCCAGUCUGCGUUUGAGUCCCCUGCUUCAACCACGUCACACCCAGUUGAUAGGGAGCCAGAGCUUCGUGCCAACUGGAUGUCUGUGCUGCUGAGAAGAAGAUGGGCGGCUGGAGACAUGCUGAGGUCAGAGUCAGUGGACGUCCACCUUGUAUGCUUAGUUGUAUGUUGUAUGUUUAGCUCUGGGAGAAAAGCAUGUCAUCUACCUCCCAAAACACUGUGUAUUAGGGCCUCGAGCUGAACUCUGUGUCUGGCAGCUGCAUCAUCCGUGGUUCCACUAGGUCUGCUGAAGAUGAGACCGAUGCAACGCUGGUUUAUAAAUCAGUGCGUCAAUCCCAAAAGGGAGCUCUCCAGGGUUCUGACAAUUUCAGCACCAUGCCUCCAGACUCUGUGUUUUUGGCUCAUCUCAGAGUAGGUGUACGGACCGGCCCGGUUACACUCCGGACAGUAAUAAAGACAGACGCCUCCCUGUACGCUUGGGGGGCAGUCUGCGAGGGCCGGUCAGUCCGAGGCAGAUGGAGAGGGUCCGAAACUCGUCACAUCAAUGUUCUACAGCUGGAAGCCGUGUGGCUUGCGCUGAAACAUCAUGCUCUGAUUCGAUCAGAACAGCGUUUGCUUAUAUCAAUCGUCAGGGCGGAGUGCGGUCUCAGAGCAUGCACCAGGUAGCAAAGAAAAUAUAGUCGGUUGUGUUCACUGUCGCCCAUCACAUUCAGGGCAGUUGGAACUUGGAAACCGACCUUCUUUCAAGGGGGGAACCUCAGGAUGCAGACUUUUUACUCUUCAUUUAUUUCAGACGUGGAUGUUUCUGUGCGCAUCAUGAGUCACAUUUUUAUGUUUCGCUUUAAUUUAAUCCAGUCAUGCUCAACUGCAAAGCUUUUAUUGUCAACUUUUAUUUUGAAGGAGCCAGUAAACCUGCAGCCCCAGUUGAUAGGGAGCCAGAGCUUCGUGCCAACAGGAGGUCUGUUCUGCUGAGACGAAGAUGGGCGGCUGGAGACAUGCUGAGAAAGGUGCCAGCGGGCCGAGAAGAUGCAGCAGAAAAGGGAUCAGGACGCAGGAAGAUCUUCAGCUGCCUAUUCUUCAUCAACAGCAUUAUCAUGAGGAAUGAUGUAAAUGUGAGAGAUGUAAAUAUUUGAUCCAGUGGGAUCUUUUUUUAGAA